UCUCUCUCUGUCUCUCUCUCUCCCUUCGUAUUCCUCUUCUUCAUCACUCUUGUUUUGCGCGUGUGUGAUAUGUGAUGUGAUACACGGGCUGCAAUCAUUCCAAUGGCUCUCGUCGACCAUGGACGAUGAUUUUGUUUCGGUUUUUCCAUUCGCAUCACGGGAAUAUCGCUCCAGCAUCGACGCAGUCCAUGAGCACAAGGGGGUUUUCGUUUCUUUUGACUGUUGAAGGAUAUUUUUGCAUGUCGAGAGACUGAAGAGACACGGAGAGCACGUUCAAUGCCGUUGGAACAUGUCAUAUGUUCCCUUUCAAGAUGCGAGGUAUGCUGUCCCCCCCUCCUUCCGACACCAGCCCUCCUUUGCUGCUGCUCCCUCCUACGAGCAACCCGACUGGAAUCCUCGUCUGUGUGUGAUCAGUGGAAAUCAGCUCUACAUGUUGGACCAGGAGGAGGUUCACCCUUUGUUGAUACGCGAGCAGCGCUCGGAGACGCACAGGAACAAGCUGCUGCGACGGACGGUCAGUGUGCCUGUGGAGGGGAGGCACCAUCCUGAAAUGGACCAAGCUCGGCUCCGGCGGAAGAGCAUCGCCACCGGGAAGCAGCCAAGCAUGGAGAUCCCACCCCCUGCCCCCCCACAACCCUUCCGACAAUCCGUGAGUACCCCGCCGUUCCGUCCCCGAUCCCUGUCUCCCUCCCUCUCCCUCUCGCUCCCGUUCGCACCUCUGCCCCUGUUUCCCUCCACCGGCCUGUCCUCUUCACAGUCACAAAAGAGAGUCAGCACCCCUCCGCUCCCCCGUUCCCUCCCACUCUCCCCGACCAUCUCUCUGACUCUCCCUGCCUCAGUCCCGCUCUCUCAUUGGGCUGCUGGUGAGUGGAAGGUUGUGGGUUCUAAUCCAUGGACUGGACCCAGUGUGGCGGCUCUGCCCUCUCUUGAGAGUUUUCUCAGUAGAAGACUGAAGGGGUCCAUUAAGCGGGCCAAGAGUCAGCCCAAACUGGACCGAACCAGCAGCUUCCGCCACAUGAUCCUCCCUCGUUUCCGCAGCGCCGACCAGGACCGGACUCGUCUGAUGCAGAGCUUCAAAGAAUCACACUCCCAUGAGUCUUUGCUGUCUCCCAGCAGCGCAGCCGAGGCCUUGGAUCUGACACUUGAUGAAGAUGCGGUCAUCAAGCCUGUUCACUCCAGUAUACUCGGACAGGAGUACUGUUUUGAGGUGAUAACUUCUUCAGGAACAAAGUGUUUUGCCUGUCGGUCGGCUGCGGAGCGAGACAAAUGGAUAGAGAAUCUGCAGAGAGCUGUCAAACCAAACAAAGACAACAGUCGACGCGUCGACAACGUUCUGAAGCUGUGGAUCAUCGAGGCCCGUGAACUCCCACCCAAAAAGCGCUAUUAUUGUGAACUGUGCUUGGAUGACAUGCUAUACGCCCGCACCACCAGCAAACCCCGAACCGAUACUGUCUUCUGGGGUGAGCACUUUGAGUUCAACAACCUGCCAGCUGUCCGCAACCUCCGCCUUCAUCUUUACAAAGAGACAGACAAGAAAAGACGCAAGGAGAAGAGCACAUAUCUGGGCUUGAUCAGCAUUCCCAUUUCCAGCAUCACUGGUCGUCAGUUUGUGGAGCAAUGGUACCCCGUCAUUCAGCCCAGUGUCCUGGCCAAGGGUGGAGGUGUUGGAGGGGGCAAAAUCAUCAAUGCCUCCCUGCGGCUCAAGUCGCGCUUUCAGACCAUGAGCAUCCUGCCGAUGGAGCUGUAUAAAGAGUUCGCAGAGUAUGUGACCAACAACUACCGUACGCUGUGCGCCGUUCUGGAGCCGCUGCUGAGUGUCAAGAGCAAAGAGGAAGUGGCCUGUGCUCUGGUGCACAUCCUGCAGAGCACAGGGAAGGCCAAGGAUUUUCUUUCAGACAUGGCGAUGUGUGAGGUGGACCGAUUUAUCGAUCGAGAGCACCUGAUCUUCAGAGAGAACACCCUGGCCACCAAAGCCAUAGAAGAGUACCUCAAACUCAUCGGACACAAGUACCUCAAAGACGUUUUAGGGGAUUUUAUCCGAGCGCUGUAUGAGUCAGAGGAGAACUGUGAAGUCGACCCAAUGAGGACUCCACCUUCUGUGCUGCCCGAACAUCAAGCCAACCUCCGGAUGUGCUGUGAGCUCGCACUCUGCAAAAUUGUCAACUCUCAUUGUGCGUUUUCAAGAGAACUAAAAGAGGUGUUUGCGUCCUGGCGUGUUCGAUGUGCUGAGAGGGGAAGAGAGGACAUUGCAGAUCGACUGAUCAGUGGUUCCCUCUUCCUGCGCUUCCUGUGUCCAGCCGUCAUGUCGCCAUCCUUAUUCAACCUCACACAGGAGUACCCCGAUGAGCAGACUUCACGUACACUCACCCUCAUAGCCAAAGUUGUGCAGAACCUUGCAAACUUCUCAAAGUUUGGCAAUAAGGAGGAGUACAUGUGCUUUAUGAAUGAGUUUUUAGAGAUGGAGUGGGGCUCCAUGCAGCAGUUCCUCUACGAGAUCUCCAAUCUCGACAGCGUGAGCAACGCAGCUGCUUUUGAGGGCUACAUCGACUUGGGAAGGGAGCUCUCGAUCCUGCACAGUCUUCUGUGGGAAGUCAUGGCACAGCUAAGCAAGUCUGUUGUUACCGUGCCAAAGGAUGCUAUCAUCAAACUCGGACCAUUGCCCCGCCUUCUGAAUGACAUCAGCAUGGCCCUUCGUAACCCUCACCUCCAGCGACAGCCCAGUCAUCAGACAGACAGACCUCCUCCAGAGAGACAGACGGAAAGACUGCUCUCCAGGCCCAGCUUCAACAGGGGCAUCUCGUCUGAGUUCCAGAACAUCAUGAUGAGAGACCUCAACAGUUCAGUCGAGAUCACUCGCCUGCCCUCUCCAACCUCUGCCAUGUCCAGUGGCGGUGCCCCUCCGUCCCGGGGCGGAUUGGGGGGGUUUGCGGACCGCGAUCAUCCUAACCGAGCCUCAUCUAAAGACGUUUUCUAUGUUGCCCGUCCCCCGUUGGCCCGCUCUAGUCCAGCGUACUGCACUAGCAGUUCUGAUAUUACUGAUCCAGACCCAAAGGUAAGUCCCAUAGGACAGCCCAACUCAGAAAGCCAAAGGCAACAGUGGCAAGGAACCAAAACUCAGGAGCAGCAGCAGAUGGCAGGCAUGGCAUCGCAGACGGGCACAUCUCAUUCAUCGCUCGCCACGCCACCUUCCACCGUUCAGCCUGCCCGCCAAAGCUCCAUGGCUCCUCCCACGCAACGCAUGAAAUCUCAACCCUCGCAUCAGCUUUCCGUGAGUUCUGCCGCCGCAGCCACUCCUGCAGGCAAAACCAGGCCACAGAGUGGAAACCUGCUCCAGUCCCCGGAGUCUGGCUUCGGGGGCCGGCAACAGGGUCCUCGGCAGCAGCUGUCCGUCAAAGACAGCACCCCGCCUGGCCUGCCGCAUCAGCAGAGCUCCACCAGAGAGAGCCAGGGAUCCCAGGGCUCUCAGGGCGGAACGCCGCAGUCCACACAGCAAUCCAAAUCGCAUCAGGAACGGCAGCAGAUCCAGCAACAGCAUCUGCUCAAGCCUACCAUGAGCAAACAGCAUGUGUCUCAUGACCAGGAGCAGCAGCAGAUGGCAGGCAUGGCAUCGCAGACGGGCACAUCUCAUUCAUCGCUCGCCACGCCACCUUCCACCGUUCAGCCUGCCCGCCAAAGCUCCAUGGCUCCUCCCACGCAACGCAUGAAAUCUCAACCCUCGCAUCAGCUUUCCGUGAGUUCUGCCGCCGCAGCCACUCCUGCAGGCAAAACCAGGCCACAGAGUGGAAACCUGCUCCAGUCCCCGGAGUCUGGCUUCGGGGGCCGGCAACAGGGUCCUCGGCAGCAGCUGUCCGUCAAAGACAGCACCCCGCCUGGCCUGCCGCAUCAGCAGAGCUCCACCAGAGAGAGCCAGGGAUCCCAGGGCUCUCAGGGCGGAACGCCGCAGUCCACACAGCAAUCCAAAUCGCAUCAGGAACGGCAGCAGAUCCAGCAACAGCAUCUGCUCAAGCCUACCAUGAGCAAACAGGGCUCUUCCCAAUCUCCAUCUACUCUCAACCCUUCAACCCCUGCCUCUGAGCGAACGGUCGCCUGGGUGUCCAACAUGCCCCAUCUUUCUGCUGACAUAGAGAGCUCCCGCAUCGACAGAGAAGAAUACAAACUCAAGGAGUAUUCAAAGAGCAUGGACGAGUCGCGUCUGGACAGGGUGCGUGAAUACGAGGAGGAGAUCAACUCUCUGAAGGAGCGUCUGAUGAUGUCGCACCGCAAGCUGGAGGAGUACGAGAGGAGGAUGUUAACUCAGGAGCAGCAGACCAAUAAAAUCCUGCUGCAGUAUCAGAGCCGACUGGAGAACAGCGAGAGGAGACUGAGACAGCAGCAGAUGGAGAAAGACAACCAGAUUAAAGGAAUUAUUGACAGACUCAUGGCUGUGGAAGACGAGCUGAGGGUAGGGGUGGUGCCUGAGCACAAACCCAGGAUAUUCGCAGACCAGGAAAAGCAGCUUUCCGCCUUGGAUUCAGCAGACUCCGGUGUGAGUUUUGGAGGAGAAUUGACCAGCUCUCCUGGCGUUGUGGGAGUCUCCCAAUCGGACAAAUCCUCCACCCGAUCCCCCCUGAACGGAAUCUUGUCCUUCCCGUUAGCCUCCCCUCCUCAUUCCCAUCCUCACGCACAACUCCAGCCGAACGUUCUAGCCAACCAAAAAUCAGCAAUGGCAUCGAGGGCAAGUUUGGAGGGGGAGCAGGUCAAUAACAACACUGAACGAAUCCAAGAGAAUUUUUAGGAAUUCCGAAGAAAAAUUCACAUCCUUUGUCAUCCUUUGAAGCUUCAGCGGUUGUUUUAUUUUGUGCAUUAGACUGAGGACAAGUGGGAGGCGGAACACACCAUUACUUGCACCAUCCAAAACAAAAGGGCUCUCCAUUGGAUCCGAUAUGUUAUUCCAAAAUCACGUUUACUUUGGAUCAAAUUUAAAAGCCCCUUGCACAUACAGUACCUCUGCCACCACAGGUCAUCCAAACCACUGGAAAGUGCUUGGUUCAGGUUCCAGGUUUUUUUGACUGAGUUCCCUCAUAUUGUGUAAAAAAUUCCAAGAAGCUGGGAAUGACCCCAGGACCGGUGGGCAAACAAACUAUACGUACGUUUCGAAGUGUAUAGAGAUCGAAAAAAUGCCUGCUUUGUCUUGAGGAUUUUGUCAUGUCAUCUGGCUUCCCUAGUGCCUUUCUGUAUCUCCUGACAGGGUUUUCAAACGAACUCAAGAAUAACGACAGCAGAAUUACAGAAAAGGUUGUACAAACGCCGCUCUCUUCUCGAGACUGCUCACUUAGAAGAGAUUGAUGUGUUCUUCUGCCUCAAUGUAAUGCUGAAAAUGUCAAGCUUUGGAAUAUGAACAUGGCUCGGGUUUUUUUGUGGACAAUGUCUGGAAAGUGCUUGUGGUCUUUGAAUUGCCUCACUAGACUGAACUUGUGCAAUGUUCUCUCUUCUCAAUCUCAGAACCUAUGUGUAUUUAACUGGUGCUAUGGAUUCUCAAAGCAUUGCUCUGUGUCACAUCACCGCCUCCCAUUCUGUCAUCGUCCUGACUGUUCAUAUGUGUAUUCGUCCUCCCAUUUAUCUCCUUAUGGGCCGAUUUUGACUUUCUUUCAGUGUGUGUCUGCAACAGGAGAUGAGUGCGAGGUGAUCUCUGUCAGGUCAAAAACCUUUUGUCUUUUUACUAAAACAAGAUGCUAGGCUAGAAUGCAGUUGUGGUCGUAUGGUGUUUUUUAUACAGAAACUUUUUUGUGUGUUUUUGUCUAAAAAAGUUUAAAGUCAACAUGAAAGUUAACAAGCAACCAAUUUUCCCUCCAUAAUGUGACUUUUUGGAGUAAAAUGGGAAGAACUGACUUUAUUUUAACUUUUAGAAAUUCAUUGGAUUGUAAAAAAAAAAUGGUGUUACUAGAAUGGAGUCUGGUGGCUAAAAAACAAAAGCGAGUUGUUUCAAAGGUGGUGCAACUUGUAUUUUGUUAAACGAUUACGAAAACAACCCUGUUUUUAUAUAGAAUAGCAUGCACCAAAUAAUCAUCAAUAAGACGACUAAGAAUGUACAUUGAAAAAGUAGACAAUGACUCGUACCAAAUAAUCAGUACAUUUACAUUUAUGCAUUUGGCAGAUGCUUUUAUGCAAAGCAACUUUUAUUGCAUUCAAGGUUUACAUUUUAUCAGUUCACACAGGGGGAGUCGAACCCAUGACCUACUCUUUAAGCUAUGCUACAAAAUUGCGAAUAAUAAGUUAACAAGUAAACAUGGUCCAUUUUGUUUUCAUGUUGACUUUAAAGUUGCUCAAGCAUCUCUAAAAUAGUUCUUGGUAGCGUUGAAUGGUCAUUUUAGGAAAGAUCUUGUUAGAUAACAGACUUGGUUUGUAAAAUAAUCAGAUCUUUAUGUACUGUACAGAAAUAUUGCUAGCUAUAAUUCCUCAUUUGAGUAUCACUGCCAUCUGGUAGUGAUUGCAUUCCUCAUCGCUCACUACAAGUUGUUUUAUUGUUUGUUUUACGAUUAAUCAGUUCAUUGUCAUGUUUCUACAGACUCAAGACAUUCACAUGGCUUCGCUGAUACAAGUCAUUCCAUUAUAACCCAGUUCAUUGUUGAUUGCCUUGUUGCUGCAUUGUAAACCAAUACAAGUUGUAACAACUUCACCAAUACAGCAGGCCUAGAUGAGAGCGAGGAGAUUUAAGUCGUAACUGCACAAUAAAAACACUGAGCUGUACUGUAAUAUUUAUAAAUUGGGAAGGCACUAGAGAGGAGAAUGGACUGAUUGCCAUUUUAGCUUUUAAGAGCUUCGAGGGCUAUCUUUAAGUGACUUCUACUCCAUUUAGUAAUAAUAAACAGGCAAUUUUGUUUAUGUCCCAAAAGCGGUUGAGAAAAAGUGGGAUAACAGGGUUAUCAGCUGAAAAAUGUGCCAUGACAUGAAUAUACCUCAGGCGUAGAAUCGAAUGACUCAGGUAAACUUUCAAUUGCCUCACAGUUUAACGCAAACUGGAUAGAAAAAAAACUCAUUUUAAGUUAAACUGCCUGUUUUGGUUGUCAGUCCAUUUCUUCUCUGAGAUUAGUAGCAGUGAUUGGCCAUCGGCUCAUCAAGCACCUCCUCUUUUCCCUGCAUCUCCAGCCAAUCACAAAGCUUCGUGGAGGACAAUCUGGAACCUAAUUGGAGGCCUCACCUUGGACAUUC